AUGCUAAACGAAGAAAACGUAGAAGUGGAACUUGUAAAAUUAGAAAACGAAAUAAGUAAAGACAAAAAUGAAACCAUAUAUUAUGAAAAAGACGAAAAUGAAAACAGCUAUUUCAAUUUUGCCGUUAAUAAUUUUAACUAUUUUGAAUGCUUUUAUAAUGAGAUGUAUAACUGUGACUUUGAUGAGAAGGAGUUUAAGGCUGAUCAUUCUUUCCUAAAUGAAGAGGAUCAUAAAGGGGGCAGUUACAAUUCUCUUGAAAUUUUCGAGUCGAAGGAUUCUUCUGAUGAAGGCACCAGUAAAGAGAAUGGAAAAGCGAGAGGGGUGAUAAGAAGAGGUUACGUCGCCAUGAACACUGGGGAGGACGACGAAUCUGCUGAUGGGACAUUCGACGGGGAAUCAACGAAAGGAUUGUCUUCCAAUCGAAAUGGAAAAAAUCAACCACUUAAAAGAGAAAGGUUUACUCAUUCCUUUAAUGAGGAUUCUUCUUUCGAAGUGAACAACGUACAUGCAGCCAUUUUAAAUGCAGAGGAAAAAACUACCAACUAUAGUGAAGACUAUUUCGGGUUCAACAUCGAACCGUUUAACAUGCAGAACGAGUUGAAGGAGGGAUACAUAGACAAGCAUGGCAACUACGUUUAUAACGAUCCAGACGGUGAUGAUUUCGAGGAGGCCUGGUUAAAGUCAGUAGAUGAGGAAGACCCAUUCACCUCAUUUUCUAGUAAAAAAAUGAAAGCAAAAAUACACAACGAAACGGUUUCUAAAUUUAAUAAGCUACAAAAUCAAAGUCUCAAUAAUAAUUGCCUCUCUGUGAAUAUUUACGAUGCUUUGUACUCCCUCUCAUGUCUCCUGAUUGAAAAGGAAACACCAAUUAAAGCCAUGGUUAGAUAUAAGAGAGAUUUGAAGCUCUGUAAAAAUUACCUUAAUGAGUGCAAACUUAAAUUAGACAAAUUCAGCUUCGUUUCGGCUCCUCGGCCAGGAAGUGAAUCUUCGAAAGAUCCGGAUGUGUCCAAGUCGUGCCAAGGGGCAGAUGCGGACCGUUCCGGAGCGGGCGAAGGGAAAAGGGACGAGGACGGCGGGGCCGUCCCGCGCACAUCAGGUAAGAAGAACGUCCUGCAGGUGAACUUGAAGAGGCGGGGAGGUGGCGCGAUGGAGAAGGAGGCGGCGGAGAAGGAGGCGGCGGAGAAGGAGGCAGUGGAGAAAGAGGCAGUGGAGAAAGAGGCAGUGGAGAAGGAAGCCGUGGAGAAGGAAACUUUGGUGAACGAAGCGGUAGACAGCGAAGUCAUUCCAAAUGGAGACGCCCCAAGUGAGGAGGGCGAAAAGAGUGAAAAGAGCGAACAGAGCGAACAGAGCGAAAAGAGCGAAAAGGGCGAAGCGAAUCCCCAUGAGGAACAUCCCGCCGAGCAAGAAGGGCAGCCCCGACAGGAAGAACCCCCGGCGGAGGAAGCGACGGAAGAGGGGAAAGCGGCUGAACAGGAGGAGGAAGCGGCGGAAGAGGGGAAAGCGGCUGAACAGGAGGAGAAAGCGGCGGAGCAGGAGGAGGAAGCGACGGAAGAGAAUGACAACCCCACGGAGGGCGAACAGCCAAACGAGCUGCAGAGGCUGGAGGAAACAUACCAGAAGAUAGCCCUGGACUACAAAACAAUCGAAAGGAGAUUUAACAACUUGAUAGAUUUGACGCAGAAAUUAACAAACGAAUAUAAAAACGUGUACUUCUUGGCGAAGCACGAAUGUGAAGCCUUAUGCAAGAAGCUGGAGGAGUCUAAGGAGGAGAGUGUAGACAUACAGUGGCAGCUGAGGUGGACUAGUGACACUAACAACAAUGUCUAUGGUCCCUACAGCUACUAUGAUAUAUAUAAUUUAAUAUCCGUCGGAAUUGUCUCAGCGGAAAAUCCAAUCCAGCUAAGAAGGAUAAAUAAGGAAAACAAAGUUUUAGAGAAUAUAUGGCAGAUGUAUGACGCCGUUAACUACCUUACAUUUGUUAGCAACGAGAGUGUUAAAAAAAAGAGGAAGUUGAGUGAAACCAACAAGGUGGACGUGGAGGAAGACGGGAGCGACGAGGGGGACAACUCCGUGGAUGACGAGUAUGACAUUAAGAAGAAGAAGCGGAAGAAGAAGGGCCUCAUCCAGAUAUCGAAAAAGAAGGAGGCGUCCUCCACCAAUGAGGACGACUCGGACAACGAGGAGGACGACUAUGAAAACUAUGACUACUGA